CUCGCCGGGCCGCUCGGUUUCCCGCCGCGCUCGCUCUGAUUGGUUGCUGGCUGUGUCGCGGGAGGUGGGAGCUGUGGGCCGUUGGGCCCUGAGGCGGUGUGGGGCCGUGCCGUACUGUGCCUUUCUUUUCUUUUUUCUCCUCGUCGGUUCUCUCCAGCCGUCUUGUCCCCGGCUCCAGAAAUUGGUUGUGUUUCUGAAGAUGAAGAGGAAAGCAUCAAAAGUUGGGAAACUGAGGCUUAGUCCUAAUGAAGAAACCAUGCUUCUGAAAGAGGAAUAUGAAAGAAGAAGAAAGCUGAGGCUGCAGCAAGUUAGAGAGCAACAGAAGUAUAUAUCCUUGCAGAUAAGACAGAAAGUAAAGCAGAGGAGGGAAGAGAAGCUACAUCAGUUAGAGGAGGCACUGAGAGCUGAAUGGCAGAAAGCACAAGAGGAGAAGAUGAAGGCUUUAGAAAAACUGUUUUUAUCAAGCUUAAAAGCUGUUGGUGAGGGUCACCGACAAGCCAAGGAGAAUGAACCUGAUUUAGAAGCCCUGGCAAAGCAAGCAGAGGAAAGGAAGCAAAGAGCAGAGAAGAGACAUAAGAAAGCACUGAAAGAGCAGAAGUUGCAGAAAGAGAAAUUACUUCGUGAACAAGCCCGACGAAUGGACGCACGUAAGCACGCCCUGGAUGUGGAAAGAGAAAGAGCAGCUAGAGUUGCAAACCUGCCACCUCCUCCUCCACAUCCUCUUGAGAAUCUGGAAGUGAAGAAGAUUGCUGCCAUGAAGGCCCACGGUGCUGGCAAAUUUUCUGUUACACGUUACCACAUUUCAGAACCUUAUGCAGACAGAGAAAUGGAUGCACAACAGGUGUUACUGAGUUUGUACUUAAAACUUGCAGAUUUUUUUCUGGUUUCUCAAAUGAAAAUGGAAACAUUUCUGAUCUUAUUUAAAACCUUUAAACAUACAGAUGCUCGGUUAGCAGCCGAAGAGGAGGUGAAGCAUUUGAAGGAGCUACACAAAGAGGCAGAGAGGGAGAGAAAAGAGCAGCUUGAAAAGGCGCAUCUCAGAGGAAGUCAUGCCCUGAAGAAGCUCCAUUUGGCUCAGGAUAGGGAAAGGCUACUGAAGGAACUGGAACAAAUGCAGAGAAUGGAUCGAAUGCGCAGAAGACAGAUGGUAGCACAGAUGCCACCUCAACUUUUUGUACCUGGAUACAAACGCAUGGAAAUAAAAGAAGAGUGGCAGAAAGAAUUGGAGUUUGCCUUUGAAGAUAUGUACAGUGAGGACAGAAAAAUGAAAGGAGACUUGAUUUUGCAGUUUGAACCGCAGCCUUUGCCAUCCCCUUCUGAUAGAUCUCAAGAUAACGAUCUUGAUCUUUCCUUGGAGCAAGAAUCUGUUUGUGACACUCAACAAGAAUUGGGGCAGAUGGUGGAGGAGGAGAUCCCUGCUGAAUCAGAAAGUCAUAAAGAGGUAAAAACUCAUCAACCUCAAUCAAAACUUGCCUUGAAGAAAUUGCUGAACAAGAUUAGAAACCAAAAAGAGGAGUGGAUAUCAAAAAGCGAGAAAGAGUUUCCAAGCAAGAUUGAGACUACUGAAUCAGGCACUAUUGCUGGCAAAGAGACACAGCAGGUUGAUUUAGAUCUGAAUGAUGAGCAACACAAAAAUUCUGAAUGUGAAGCCACAGAGUCUGACGAGAUGUUGGAACAUAGAGUUGCACUUGAAAAUUCAGUUCUAAUCCAUUCUCAAGAACAAGCAGCUAAAAUUAGAAUGGAAAAUGAGAGACAGCAGUGGCUUGAGCAAAUAGAGCAACAAAAACAGGAACAGCUGGCCUUGCUGAAACAAAUUGAAGAAGAGAGGGCACAUCUGGAAAUCCAAAUGCAAACCUGUUUGGAAGAAGCUAAGAACAAAAAGGAGGAGGAAGAGAGAAGUCAGCCAGUACACAGCUGCAGUGUUCCUUCUACAGAUCAACAGAAGAAAGCAGAACAUGAGUCUGGAAGUACUGCUGUGCCAGAAACCAGAAGUCCUGGAGAAGACAGGCACUUACAGGUGAUUCGUAAUUAUCAACAGCGUCUUCUACAACAAAACAGGCUGCACAAACAGACAAUCAAUGAAGCUAGAAUGCGUCUACAAGAAUAUCAGAAUAAAUUGAAGCAAAGAUACUUGACUGAUCCUGUGAAAAUUUUAAGCUCUGUGGAAACAACCUCUGUUAAUUUAAAGCUUAUCUCAGAACCAGUUGAACAGAGGCAGAGCAUGCAGUCUGUGCAGACCCAAUCACCUGCAGAAGACCACACGCUGUCACUACCUCUUCCCUACAACAUGUGCAAUGUUCCUGAAAAUGCAUCUUCACAAAAACAUGGAGAGAAAAUGCACAGUGUUUAUCCUGGUAGGCACCUACGUUCUCUAGAACCAUCGAAUUUGAAGUUUGGAGAGAUCUGUUUGCCACGGAGCUAUUCUUUGCAGGAACAAGUGGGAAUGUUGGACAUCUCCAACGGUGAGGUCAGAGAACCAUCUGUGUUCCAUUUACCAUCAGCGUUGGUCACACAAGAUGUUUCUCCAGCCAGAACACAACUGGAAGCACGUGUACAACAGGUUAGAUUUGCCUUACCUGCAGAACAUUCCUCUGAGCCUUCAGAAACAGAGCACUUUAAGGAAUCAGACCUCAGAUGGUCUAACCAUCAAAUGCAAGCACAAGCUGAGGAAGAGCCUCCGCCUCUGACACCCCUUAUGGCGGCAACAAAAGGAUCCCCUAUAGUGCAGGCGGCCACAGUUGAUUCUUUGGCUUGUCAGCAGGAGUCUGCAGAGAGCCCCAUCACAACAAGCCUUGAGCCCAGUUCUCUUUCUGGACCUGUGUCUUUAUGUCACGAAGAAGGCACUGAGGAAUCCUUGGUAUCAGAAAGUGGAGAUGCAUCUUUGUUGAAUUAUUCCUGUAUACUGAAUUUAAGGGACAGAAUGUUGGCCUCAUCAGAAAGCAUCCAAGCUCAGCAGCAGUAUUUGAAGGAAUUGCAAGAGCAGCUAGAUGCACAUAGAGAAGCUCUUCUUUCUAGACAAAAAAUACAAGAACAACUACUUAUACAGAAACAGGAUGAACUGAGGGAACAGAUGCAGAAACAACAAGAGGCUUUGGAAGAAUUUCUGAACAAGCAGGUGAGACACAGCAACAUGAAUGGAGUGAUGACAGAGCCACAAAGGCCUCACUGGAUUAGUAAGAGUGACUUUUUCCAGGACUCAGAAAACUACCAGGAAGAGAACUGUGACAUGAGUAAAUUUGACAGAGAUGAAAUGAUUUCACAGUACAUCAGUCUAGCUGGGCAGAUUGAACGGCCUGAAAAUGUUCUGCAUAGAGAACAGAAAAGGAGGUUUUCCAAACCUCCUGUGACAAAAGUGAAGUUGGGGCUCGGUUUGGAACAGCACGAACUCAGUGCUAUUCCAGAAGUAGACACACCAAGGAGUUGCAACGUUUCUUUUGCAGGUAAAACAGGUUCUGGUGGUGGAGAACCUUCUCCCAUUUCAAGUGUUGGGGGGUUUGCGCAUAGGAAAUGUUAUGGUGAUGCUCUUCGUGAAGAAGGCAGGUCACCUGGGAGCAUAACAGGCUAUGAGCAGCAAAUCUCUGUUGAAAGCCCGAGGCAAAGCAAACAGCCUGGAUUAUUACAAGAGCUGCUGCUGUUGUCUACUGAAAAUUCCUAUGAUUCAGCUCACUCCCAAGAUUCUGUUGUGGCUCACGAUGUCCCAGUUCUUGCUGCUGCAGUUGGAGGGGGCACACUGCAUUCUGCACCAUCGUUCGGAAGCUCUCGUGCGGAAGCACUUUCUAAGGUAGUGCCCAUGGAUGUAGGUUCAGAGGCUUCCACGCAAGCAAUACCCUGUGACUUAUCCUCAACUAUUUCCACUGGAAGCUUUUUGACUACUGAAACCCUGGAUGUCAGCCCUGUUGACACUGGAUUGUCGUCUGACAGCAUGGAAGAUCAAAUUUGGAAAAGAAUCCCAAGCAGCCCAUGGGACUCCUCGCUGCCUUUUACCUUGCAGCAGAGGCAGGAGAAUCUGCCUGGAGCGCCUGAAACCGAGUUGCCUGAAGGAGUAACGUGCCUUGAUAAAGGAAGUCAGAUUCAGCAGAUCUUGGAGAAAUGUGGAGAGUUGAACUCUUCAUCAGACAACAAUACACAUUUUGAAGCUCUAGCAGCUGAGCUUGAUUUUCCUGAAACGGAGAGGCAUUUUCCUAACUUCUGCCACCGGCUAUUUCAGCCUUUGGAACCAAGUCCUGCCUUCAGUGUUUCAUCACCCAUUUCUCACUACAAGAUUCAACAGGGCAACAAAGAAUUGAGGAAGAUUUCAACGUUUGCAACAGAAAGUGAAGAGCAGUUUCUAGAAGUGAGAACCUCCAGUGUGAAUAUACAAAGAGGCAGUCUGAUGGGCAGUCUUGAAACAAACAAGCCAAACAACAGUACAUCAGAAGAGUGCUUCAAAGAGGAUGUUACUGUGGGUUUGGAAGAAUCUUUUCAUCCGCUGCAAUUGGAACCUGCUCUGAGCAGUCGCUGUCAGAAUGCUGCUCGGCCAGCAGGCAUCAAUGUGGAGUCAGAGAGCUCCUGGGAACUAAAUACUGGGAUUAAAAAUGGGUGCAGUGAGAACAGUGUUUCAUCUGACAGACAAUACGAAGAUCUGGUGAGGAGUAUGGAGUGUGUUGGUCUGCAGUGCUCAGUGGAGGAUAUGCGAAACCAAAGUCUGAAUUCGCUGGAAGAACAAAAAUCAUUUUAUCAGCUCAGUACCACACCAGUGACAGUGGCUGAGCCUUUCCCUCAACAUGCAUUGAAAGAGAGCGUAGCAUUCAAAAAGGAGAUUCUGUCUUCUGAAAAAUUACCUGUCAAGGUACUUGAUAGGAAGUACUUGAAGCUUCCCGAAAAAUUAUUUCGUGUACCUGAAGCAGAUAAAGCUGUGGAGGUGGAUUUGCACUGCAAUACAGAUGCAAAGGAGGCAGGUGAAAGUUUUCUUGAAAUACAGAAGUCUUCAAGGAUUCCUGAAGACAUCAGUUUGGAAGCCCCAGACGUUAAUUUACAGGCAGUAGUAAAACAGAAUGCUUUCUGCCUGGGAGGACAUGAAAAACACUCUAACUCUGUGGCUGCAGGCUCAUCUCGUAUUCCAAUCUGGGAGACUGAGUCAGGGCGUGGGAUUAUGGAAGAGCCUGAACUCACUUUUGUGAGCUCCAAUGACAUCAGUACUGCAGAAUCAGACGCUGAACAUACGAACCAAGAGGGAAGUAGUGAGGAUAAAACAAAAAACCCAGCAUGUGCAGACAGGUCUGCCAUCAGUGUUCUGACUGAGAAAAGAGAAUUUUUACCAGUGGUUCCAGAUGCAGUUUGUUCAGUGCUCAUAAGGCCUGACAGCUCUUCCAAAGCCCACAGUGCUACCGAGGGUCAGUGUCCAUCACAUCAGACUGCAGUGAUGCUGCUGGAGUCUGCUUCUGCACCAGGGAGUUUGCAAGAAUCUUUUUUGAAAAGAAAGAAGGACUUCAUCCAGAAAUCCCUGAGAAGAGUUGAAGAAAUAAAACAGAGAGAGAGAAAAAAUGAAAAGCCAGAAGGCAGACAGUUUCAAAGGAAAAAGUCUGAGACAUUAAGCAGUCAAAAGGAGGGUCGUCUUAUCCCUGGGAAAAAAGGUGCAGUUGUCAAUCAGCUGAAGAAAGUAGGAGAAGUGAAAGUGUCUUCUCCAGAAGACAGGAAGGCUGGAGAAGCUGAAAUGUACCAGCGCACCUCAAGACUUUAUAAUCAACUUUCAGAAGUAAAGAUCAGAAAAGAAGAAAAAUCAAGGCAGGAAACUUAUGCUAAAAACAGAGAAAAGGCUAAGGAGUUUCAAAAGAAAAUGCUGGAAAAACUACGAGCCAAGAAGCCAGGGAGAACACCCAGACUAGGAGAAGCCUCUAACCAAGAAACAUUGCUGUGCAGAUACAACUCAGAGUAUUUAACAGUAAGAACUGCAUUAACCUAAUUCAGGUAGUGACUGACAGAUGCUUUCUACAGUGCCAUCUACUUUUAAUAUGUGGCAACCAGCACUGAGUAGAAUGACGCUGCAGGAAAGCCUUGUGCUGUAGUGUUUGAAAGAGAGUUUAUACUAUUGUAAUAUAAACAUCUAAUAAAGUGUUUUUGAAAAACACUGAGGUCAUAGCAUGUGUGACAAUAAGAUUCCUUUUCAAAAAGCUGAAGCUUUUAUCCCUUUUUCUCAUGUUUAGUACGAACGGUAAUUAAUCACUUACAUAAUCAUCAUUACAAAGUACAGGUUUGUGCAACAGAUGUACACCUCAAAGUCCCUGAAGCCAACAGACUAACAUCACUUACAGAACUGUCUUCACUUGUGGAUGUCAGCUUGCCCUCUACUAGCUAACUGCACCUUGCAAAGACUGUCCAUAGAAUUGCUUGGGCUGGUAAAGACUUUCAAGAUCAUCAGUUCCAGCCUCAAUUUAACCAUACUGCUGUAACAACUCACUGCUAAACCAUGUCCCUGAGCACCACAUACAUCUCUCAAGACAGCUUUUUAAACACCUUCUGGGAUGGGGACUCAACCAGCAGCACCCUGGGGAGCCUAUCACUGUACUUAAAGUUUAUUAGCUCUGAAAUGAAGCAAAGGGCAGAACAGCACAAGUUUUAAGCUGCAGUGCUAACACAGAGCUGAUUGUUGUAGCAGUAGGUGAGAACGCCUGAAAUGCAUUCAUUUCCAUUUCCAACAGGUCUGCCCAAAUUUCAAAUACAGCAGUAUGAGGUAGCAGCUCCUCUGUAAAGAGUUAACAUACAUUGCAGUUUACACUAGUUAGAAGUAGUGCAGUUGCUGAAGAGACUCAAAUUGUUACAACUUCCCCUAUAUACAGAGGACAAACAGCUGAAAGGAAGAAGAGGCCUCUUGCUACACUAGAGGGCUCAUUUCAGUGUGCAGGCUCUCCUCUCAUCUUCACUGUAGUGUUUUUCUAGAGGCUGCUCACAGGUCUGAAUGUUGU